GACUCUGGCCAGCAUGCCAGCCAUGCAGGCCAGGGUGCCUGGUCGGUGCUGUAAGUGCCAGGACAGUCUGGAUGCACAAGGUGGACACCCUGGGUGGCCAGUGCCACUACACCUUCACUGUGGUCACCCCCCAUGAAGACAGCUGCCCUGAGAAGGGCCAGACUCUGGCAGUUGUACAGAAGCUGCAGAGGGUCAUCAGGGCCCAGAGAGUUGAUUUGGAGGCCACUAGGACCCAGCUUAGCACCCUGGAGAGCCUUCUGCAGCAAAUGACCUUGAUCCAGGAGGCUGGUCCCAGGGAUACCCCAGGGGGACUACAGGGGAUCUUGAGGAAUGAACAGGAGCACCUGGAAGCCAGAGCCAGGCAGCUGGAAGUCUCUGACCAGCCUAUCCUGGACAAGGCAACCCUGGAACAGGAGACCCAGUGGCUGGGGGCUGAGAACUAGGGCCUGGCCAGGAGGCUGGAGGGCAGCCACCUAAAGGUGGCAGAGCUGAGGAGGGACCUGUGUCCCCAGGCCAAUAGCACUUCUCAGGAUGGACCAUCAGGCUCCAGGAAAGGUAAGAGGUGGGGGACUGGAGCCCUAUCCAAAGGUGAUAUAAAGUCAUUACUCUUGAGACUACCUGCUUCACCGCUUGUGAAGCGAUUUCCCUUGUGCCACCGCCCACCCCCACAGCUUCUUUCACCAGGAUGUGGCGAGCUUGUCUGGGCAGGAGAGCCUCUCAUUCUGAGCACCGCCGAGGCCAUCCAGGGCAAGUACGUGGUAUGGAUGCGGGAUCCCCAGCCCACUGCCCCCUACACCCUGGAGACUACAUGGCAGGUAGACACAGUGGCCGACAUCCACCAGGUCUUCGAGUACCAGCUCAGCCGCCAGUUUGAGCAGGGUUUGCUCUCCAGGGUGCACAUGCUGCCCAGGCCACUGGAGAGCACCACCAUGGUGUUCCGGGAGAGCCUGUACUUCCAGGGGGCCGGGUCCCGAACCCUGAUCCAGUACCAGCUGGACAGCGGGUCAGUGAAGGCAGAGAGGGAUGUCCCAGGGGCUGGCUUCCAUGGCGAGUUCCUCUAUUCGUGGGGUGGCUACACCAACAUGGACCUGGCGGUGGACGAAGUGGGCCUCUGGGUCAUCUACAACACCUCCCUGGCCAGAGGUGCCCUGAUCUUCUCCUCCAGAUUGAACCCCGAGAACCUGGUGCUAGAGCAGACCUGGCAGACCAACAUCCGCAAAACCUUGGUGGCCAAAGCCUUCCUCAUCUGUGGCACCGUGUACAUCCUCAGCAGCUACUUGGCCACCAAUGCCACCAUCAACUUCGCCUAUGACACGAGCACAGGUAGCAGUAGGCGCCUGGCCGUGCCCUUCCAGAACUGGUACCAGUACACCAGCAUGGUGGACUACAACCCUCUGGAGAAGAAGCUCUUUGCCUGGGACAGCUUCCACAUGGUCACCUACGAUGUACAGCUGGUCACAGUGUGACGAACCAGCACUACCUGUGGGGACAGGCAGGAGGGGUUGUGUUGGGCUCCACAGAGGGAUGCUGACUGGCCAAACCCCUGCAACUGUUCCCUGACUUCCAUAGCCUAUGGAUGCGUUCACCCCCUCUGGGCCCUGUCUGAGCUGGAGGUUGAGACAACAUCUGGCUGUGAUAGAUAGUGCUUUGCUUCUGUCUGCUUUGCAGUGGACCUUUGACCCACAUGGGUGAGUGUGCUGUUAGUGGAGCGGCACAAGCUGGCAUGGUCUCUAGAGUUCGUUCAUGAGGAGACAAGGCUAUGCAUAAUCAGUCGUCCGUAGCUGCAGAGGAGUGAGUCUGGGAAGAUACUGGAUUGGUAAAGAGUCCUGGAUGUACCUUGGCCUUCACAAUGAAAAGCACUGUUUUUAAAGGUAGAGGCAGCUCCCUUGGCCUGCACUGAACAUGUGUGAGCUUGGUGCUGCCGGUCAUCACAGGAUUUCACAUAGCCUUUGUCCUGUGGAAUAAAGUGAGUCCAGUGGUCCAGGAGGUGGUGCAGUGGAUAAGGCUUUGGAAUCUCAAGCAUGAGGUCCCAAGUUUAAUUCCCGGCAGCACAUGUACCAGAGUGAUGUCUGAUUCUUUCUCUCUCUCUCUCUCUUAUCAUUUCUCAUGAAUAAAUAAAAUCUAUUUAAAAAAAAAU